AUGCCGCACACAAGUCAUAAGAAGAGGAGACAGCGCCAGGAGCCUCUCCCCCGCAACAAAAGAGGAGAAAUCGAGUCUGAAGACGGUUGGACUCGAAUUGCUCGAUCGGACAAAGCGUUCAGCAUCAACAGACGGCAUCCCGAGGCCGACACUGGAGGCAUGAUCUCCAGCCCCAACGACCCAGACUACGACCAGGAUCUGGAUGAAGGCUACACCCAGAUGACCUUUACUCCCACCCCAGCCGAGACACCAGCGGGCGCCUCUCUAGAGAAAGCUCUGAGCCACUACCAGAAGAGCGACAGUGCGUGGAAACAAUCCAACACAUGGGCCGAAUUGAAGCAGACAUUCGACACGCGAAUCUCCACCGAGCACCUCAACAUCACCAACUGCAUCUGCUUCGGCCUCAGCAGCCCGACCGGACUCACCGGCGCCGGUUUCGACCGGCGAGACAUCUCCAUGUACCAACUAGCGGCCUUCAAAUCCAUCAUCGACCUCCUGAGCUCGCAGCAAGCCCAGCCUCCCGCAGCAUUCGCCCAGGAACCGCAAUUCAACACGCUCGACCACCAACUCCUCGCCCACCUCGACAUCCAAGCCGUCCACCACCCGGCAGCAUUCCACCUCAUCACCGCCCAGUCCUUCACCUUCUGCCCCGGCGCCGAGCACCGCGAAUGGGUCCCCAACGACCUGCCAGGCGCGGAGCGUGCGGAGCUGAUGGAGCGCAUCAGACGUGACGCCGUCAGGGGAGCAGGCAUAUUCCAUCGCUUCAAGAAGGGGAAGCAGUCGUUCCGGCUGCCGGAUUUCGGGCACGAGUACGCGCUCUACAAUGUGUAUCUGUUUUGGAGGUCUUCGAGUGCCGAAGGAGAAGAAGAGGGGGAGGAGGUUUGA